ACCCCAACAAAGGGCAUUGCCACCCAUUCCAAUUGAUAUCGGUGAGCUGGUCGCAUGGGUGGGUGGUUCGUUGCUCUGCGAUUCCCUUCAACUUGCACUCUUGACGCAUUUUUCUGCAUCGCUCGCAAUUCGUUUGCCAUUUUCAUUAACCAAAAAAUUGUAAAGUUCAAAACAUUUUGUACACAGCACAGCAAAUUGCACCUAAAAACUGGGUCGACGUCGUCGUCGACCAUAAGCUGAUCCACUUUCCGAAAGCUUCAUAAGCGCGUCCAGCGUCGACAAUGUCUUCAGUUGCCGUGUGGAGCCGGUUGAAACGCGCGGAAGUCGCUCGCAUUGGAAAUCGUCGUGUCAUCGUGUCGUCUGAUACCGUAUACCCGGUCAGCCCUUUGGAUUACCCAGCACUUGUUGCUGCUGAUUGCUUUCGUUUUUUGUUUGAGUGAAUCGCUGUAAUCGGAUGCUCCUUUUGGUAGCCCAUUGUAUAAUAAACAAAUGCUAAAAAGUGAAACUAAGAUAAUUAAUUAAAAUCUCAAAUAAAAACUGUGUCAAAUUCUGUUAAGUGAAUUAAAAUAUAUCAUUCAGACAUGCUUAUAAUAUUAAUUUGGAAAUAAAGUGCCAUCAAGUUAAUCAGUAUUUAGUAAAAUGAAACAAAGUGUGGAUGAGCUGGAGGCCAAGCGUACGCAGCGUGUUCCUCGUCGCUGCUGUCUUUUUCGUCUGCCCUGCACACGUAUCCUGAUCAUAUCCACAUUGGUACUUAUUACGUUGAUGAUCUCAUUGAUAUAUCAUGGCAUUGUACUCGAACGCAUGGAUCACCUGCGUCAAAUAAUGGCGCUCAAUGAAAAGCACGCACACAACUUGCAACCCAUCGAUGAAGAUGUCCUUACAAAAAGACCACAACUACAGCCUUUUCACAUUCCGCUAAAGAAAGAGGAUCCUGAGAGAAUAGCUACCAAGAGCGAGGAGCAGUCAUUGCGCUUAAAGCAUAUGCGCUUCAAGUUUCGAAUGAAGCGAAAGCUUCGACUACCUCGUAGUUUGCAGUCUGUUGAUCUGAUUGAUCCCCUCCAGCUGGAGGCCAACAUGCAGCAUCUGUAUACAAGGAUGCGCAGCAAACGUGCCAGGGCUGCGCUCAGCCAGCUGGAGAGCGAGUACGUGCGAUGCAAGAAACAGACUCCAGAGGACUGCAUGUCGGCCUUUAUGCGCAUGUACCAGAUGGCCAAAGAGGUUACCGAGAAAAUGGACAAGAUGAAGGAAAUUAUAAGGGAUCACCUAGGAUCCCAUAGCAUUGAGUCGCAUGAGCUUCAUACAUAUGCACCAGCCAAGAAGACCAGAACAACAGUGGACCAGCAACAGGAGGUGACAACUCCGCUCACAAAUGUCAGCGUGGCUGGCAACGGAGACAACGAGGAGACAACGCUGAAGCCCAAUAGAGUUAAGAUUAAACCAGCACAAAUCAGUUGGAUCAUCGAUGGUCCUGGCCACGACGAGCAGGAGGCCUAUGUUGAGAAUACGCCGAGAGCCAUGGAUCAGAUCAAUAUGACCACAACGUUGGCUACGACAACAAUGGAGAGCACAACGCCAACAACAACAAUAGAGAGUACCACAUCAACUAGCAGACGCAGUAGCUCCUCCGCCACCACAGAGGAGAACACAAUGGCUACAACAUCAAUAGAUGCCACCACAUCAAGUAGUAGCAGCAGCAUUAGCUCCUUCACCACAGAAGAGAAUACAAUGGCUACAACCUCAAUAGAUGCCACCACAUCUAAUAGUAGCAGCAGCAGCAGCUCCUUCACCGUUACCACGAACCAGCCCUUGGCCAUUCUAACCACUGAUGGACUAGACUCGGAGAAUAUUACAGAUCAAAUCACUUGGGUUCUGGACCGCUUCGAUAAGGCCAAAGAGAUUGUACACACCACAGAGGGAACUAAUGAGAAAACAACAGAGACAGGCACAACAGAGAAAACAAUUUCGCCUCAGGUUGUGCUACAAGAGACAACCAGCUUGCCAAGCUUUGAAAUUCAGCCGGGUCCAUUGCACUCCGAUGACCACAGGGCCCAGCCCAGCGCCAAUACAACCAUCGCGCCUACAACAGAUGCACCCGAAUCAUUCACAAAAGCAACCACAGGACUGAACGCGACGAACGUAGAAAAUAAAGACAUGCUGCCGGGCUCCACUACGUUAAGUCCAACCAUAAUGCCCAUAAGUACAGUCAAUACAACCACAAUGCCCAUUACUACGCUUAGCCCAACCACAACGACCGAAGCUGUGGAUGGGCUCAAUCGCACCGCAUUUCCGACCAAGCCCAAGCCAAUGAAGAUCAGUUGGAUUAUUGACAGCGACGCCAGCAGCAAUGAAGUGAAUAGCACAACCCAAGCUGCAGCCACUGAAACCAGCACUGGAACCAUUACUGAGACCACCACCGAAUCCACCACUGAAGGUGCUCGUGCGGUGCAUCCGUUGGAUGAUCCCAGCAGCAUAGAAAACAUGCUGGACAGCUUUGAGCGCCAUAGGCAGGAGAAGCCUUUACUCAAAGUACUGCCCAGCAACGAGCAAGAGAAGCCUACUAUCCAAAUGCUGCCCAACAAUGAGACCACAAACCAUGAAGAGUCCAAGACUCCGAAUGUCUAUGAUCGCAAUCAUUGGCUGCAGAAGUUCGAGCAGGAUGCAGCACCGCCACAGGACGAGCUUAUCGACACUUUUGGCACGGAGCUGGAUGCCAAGAGUCUGCAGCAAAUGGGGCCCAAAAUAAACCCUAUCAGUGGCAAGGUGCCAAAUGCCGCCGAUGCACAGCUUAUGUCGAUGUGUGCACAAUUAACACGAAGACUGCGACAAAAGGCGGCCGCAGAGGGCGGCUCCGGUGAGCUAGAACCGUUUACUGCCUCGCCCAGCGUGCAGUUUACUAGCCGCGGACCGGGGGGCUUUCCGGUCUCUGGCGAAACAAUGAAAGCCUCCGCCCAGUUCAUGUUCAAUCCGAACUUUGGCAUGCCCAGCAUACCUGUGUGCUUCUAUAUGACACCCGCCAAUUUCCGCAUGCCGAUGUGGUCGCCCACGCCUUCGUUUAUGGGCAUGCAGGGCGCCCACUUUGGUGGCUCGUCCAAUGCCGGCGGCAUAUUCUUUGUACCGCAGCAAUUUGGGCCAUCAGGCAAUUUCUUUGGCGGCAGCGGCGGUACAGCGAGCGGUGCACAGAAUCAGCUGCCCAACAUCUUCUCGAAGAACGCAUCACCACAGAAGCAGCAAAAUGGACAGCAGCAGGUCUACUGCACCUACAUGCAAAACCAGCAGGCACAAGCCGGACAGGGACAAACGAUGCAAAACAAUUUGUCGUCUGGCAGCCAGGCGGGCUUCUCCAAUGCCAAUUUCAAGAUGCGGCAUGCCAAUCAGACCGGCAUGGCCCAUCACAGCCAGAUCAUCUACGCCUCCUAUCUGGGUUUGCCGGAACAGUCGCAGCAGCGUUUCAAGUGCCCGGAAGCGGAUCAGCUGGCCUGCUAUGGUCAGCAGGAGUGCAUUGCCGCAUCGCGCUGGUGUGACAAUGUCAUCGAUUGUCCUGAUGGCAGCGAUGAGUCGGCCUGCACCUGCGCCGAUCGACUGGAUGAGGAGCGUCUGUGUGAUGGCUAUGCGGACUGCCCCAUGGGCGAGGAUGAGCUGGGCUGCUUUGGCUGUGAGUCUCUGGCGCACUCCUGCUACGAGAAUGCCGAGGAAUAUGCGCGACACAAUCGCUCCACCUUGUCCAUGUGCUACAGUCGCCACGAACGCUGCGAUGGUUUUCAGAACUGCUUCAAUGGACGCGAUGAGCUGCAGUGCAGCAUGCUGCUCACAGAUGUUGGCCAUCAUAUGUCACAUGCAGCUUCUGCUUCGGAGGGCUAUCUGUAUCACAAUCAUCGCGGCGAUUGGUAUCCUGUGUGCAACAAUGGCGCUAGGUGGGCGGCCGCCGCCUGUGAGUUGGAGGACCUUAAUCAAUCCGCAAAUCUUACGUUCAAGCAGCUUACGCUGUCGGGUCCGUUCAUAGAGCCCUCGUUGCAUGCAGGCAUACACUUUGCCCAAGGCUGCCAUGGACGUAAUGGCCAGGACACGCUGGUCGAUCACGUUGCCUACGUCAAAUGUCCGCCUCCGCAGUGUGGCCUGCCUAGCAAGCCUAGUGAGAGUGGGCGCGCAAAGCGCACGAAGAGGGCACCCAUUGAGGAUCGCCUUGAGUCGAAUAAAGGUCGGAUCGUGGGCGGCAGCUAUGCAAGUCCCUUACAAUGGCCCUUCGUAGUGGCCAUCUACCGGGAUGGCAAGUUCCACUGUGGCGGCACCAUCUACUCGGAGCAUUGGAUCAUCAGCGCGGCGCACUGUGUAAUCAACUAUAUAAAGUAUUACUAUGAGGUGCGCGCUGGACUCUUGCGCCGCACCAGCUACUCGCCGGCUACUCAGAUACAAAGUGUUUCCCAUGUGGUGGUGCAUCAGGCUUACGAGCGGCGCAGCAUGCGCAACGAUCUCUCCCUGUUGCGCGUUGCGACACCGCUGCAGUUCAAUCGCUGGGUGAAGCCCAUUUGCCUGCCAGAUAUGGGGCGUACCACCUUUGGCCAGGACUGGAUCUGGGGUCCAGAGGAGCACACGCUCUGCACAGUCAUUGGCUGGGGCGCCAUAAGGGAGAAGGGUCCAAGCAGUGAUGCCAUGCGCCAGGUCAUUGUGCCCAUACGCAAGGACUGCACGGAUCCCGAGGAUCGGGCUUCUGAGGACGUUUGUGCCGGUGAGCCGGGUGGUGGUCGCGAUGCCUGCCAAGGCGAUUCGGGUGGACCGCUCUUCUGCCGAAGCGUUAGUCAGCCGGAACAAUGGUAUUUGGCGGGCGUCGUCAGCCACGGCAAUGGCUGUGCGCGUCCCAAAGAGUUCGGCGUCUAUACACGUGUUGCCCUCUAUCUGGACUGGCUGGAGCUAGCCGUGAAGCCCGGCUUGCUUCCAGCUCGCCAGCCGCUGCAGCACUGUCCGGGAUUCAUUUGCGUUUGGGGUGGCAAGCGUUGCAUUUCCCAGCGUUUGCGCUGUGACCGCAACGUGGACUGCCUGGGCGGUGAGGAUGAAGUGGGCUGUGCCUACAACUUUAUUCCCGACAUGGUGGGCAGCCAGCAAACUGUAAGCAGCACCACAGAAAGCGACUAUUAUCCACAGAAACAAGCGGCAGCAGACGACCAGGAAGCACAGCAGACGGAGCACAAGCAGCGUCAGGAUGUUUCUAUUGAAGAUGCGGAUUUGAUUGCGCAUAUGCUGACAGCGCCAACAACCGAAAAUGAAACCAAACAGUUCGGCUCCACUCCAGCAACAGCACAGAGUGAUACCUGGACAAUAGCUGAGGAGAGCAGCACGCCUGCAGUAGAGAAUGAAGCGGAGCCUAACAACACGACUUCAGCCACUUCGGAAACAACAACCUUAGUGCAAACGACAACAACAGCAACAACAACAUUGCCAAACAGCACUAUGCCCACAACUUUGCCGCCGCCUACAACAACCGCUUGGCCCACUCCGACCGAGGAUUUGAUGAAACUGACGGAUCUGAUGAGCCAGCUGCUCGAAGAGUCAACAACUGCAACAACGGUCGAGCAACUGGCAAACACAACGCUGUUCGCGCUCACGACAGAUGCGCCCAAUAAGGGCACAACAACACUUGGAACAACAGCUGCAACAACAACUGACGCUGAGAGCACAACUUUGGCGGCGUUCACAGCCGCAGACUACAACACAACAGAAGCUGUGACACAGCCCACAACAACAGAGGCAACUACAACUUUGGCAACAACAGAGACAACUUCAACUGUGGCAACAACAGUAACAACACCCGCAACAACAACUUCACACGCAUCACAGCCAACUGCAUCAACAACACUAACAACAUCAACUACACCAAGAACAACAGCAUCAGCUGCAACCACUAAGCAGAGCACAACAGAGCGCAGCAAAGUCAGCGAGGCGGAGAAGCAGCUGCCCAAUAAGUUCAUCUGUCGGAAAAUGCCUCAAAUUGUGGAUCUACAGCAUCGCUGUGAUCGCAGAGUGGACUGCGAGGAUGGCACUGACGAACUGGACUGCAGCUGUCGUGACUAUCUCAAGGGCGGCCUCAGCACGCUUAUUUGCGAUGGCAAAGCCGACUGUGAGGAUCUGAGCGAUGAGCAGAACUGUGGUGGCUGCCAGGAGCACGAGUACCACUGCGCGCUGUCCAAGAGCUGUCUGCCGCUGGCCAAGCGCUGUGACAAAGUUGUGGAUUGCAAGUUCAGUGAGGACGAAAAGGAUUGCUUUGCCUUAACCAACGGUCAUGAUGUGCACUUCGAUGCGCAUCAGCAGCCCAAGUUCAGCAGCGUUGGCGUCUUCUCGAAAAAUACGCACGGUUCGUGGCGCGUGGUUUGCGCCCAUGAGACGGGCUUCCAUGAGCACCAGGCUAAGACGGCGGAUACAGUCUGCGCCUUGCUGGGCUUCAGGGGCGCCCAAUACUACAACAGCACAGAGUUUGUCAGCCAGCAGGAGAUGCAUCCCAUUACCCCAGAGCUCAUCAGGUCACAUUCUGGCAGCCAGCUGCGAGCGCUGAUGCGGGACAAUGUCCAAUUGACCAGCACGGAGAUGGUCCUGCCGAAGCAUGCACAGCAAAUGCCGCACGGGCGACAAAAGGCGCGCAUCGUGGCCAACAAAUGUCUGGGCAUCUAUGUGGAAUGUAAUGCCCGUUCUAAUAUGACAUUGCCACUGAAAACUUUCAGCGCUGGACAGGUGAUAAAUCAGCGUCCUGCUGGGAAUUUACCGGAGCUGCUGCCAACCAUUGGCACGCACAAGAAGCCGAAUGUGCACUUUAAACCGCAGCAGCCGGCGCAGCUGGUCAAAAAAAAGGAUGAAAUUAUGGAUCGCCUGGACAUGCUGAUCAAGAGCAAGAAUAACAAGACGCUGCUGGUGCAGGAGCAGCUGCACGAGGCCAUUGAGGAGCUGCAUUGGCCUUGGCUGGCUGAUGUCUAUGUGAAUGGUGAACUCUGGUGUCUGGGAGUCCUCCUGGACAAGCACUGGUUGCUGGUGCACGAGAGCUGCCUCGCCGGCAUAAGCUUUGAUACGCACUACAUCAGCGCCUUGCUGGGCGGUGGCAAGACCAAGCGCUCUUUGCACCGCAGCACCUACGAGCAAAUACUUCGUGUGGACUGCUUCGAAGCGGUGCCCAGGUCCAAUGUACUGCUGUAUCAUCUGGAGCAGCCGGCAAGAUUUACGCACUACGUCCUGCCCACUUUUCUGCCUGAAAUUUCGGAUGAACAAGAGAGCGCCCCGCAUGAAUGCAUAAGCGUGCUGCAUGACGAUUUCACUGGACGCAUCAAGACGGUGGCCAUUACAAGAGUCAGCAAUGAUGCCAGCUGCAAAUCCUGCUAUCAAAUGCAGGAGCGUCAGCCCUCGGGUAAUUUGAUGCGCAUGCUAAAUGUAAGCGCCGAGGAUAUGGCAUCCAUAUCGGAUGAAGUGGAACUGCUUAGCGGUGUGACGGCCAGGGCGAUGCCUGCACUCACCAAAUUCACCAGCUGCACGCAAUUUGGACAGAGGAAUCUGAGUGAUGUUCAAGUGCAGCCCAGCGACCAGGGCGUGCUUGUGUGCCGGGAUUCGCAUACCGGCUGGUAUCCUUCGGCAAUUUUUAAUUAUAAUAAUACCGACUGUCAAAGCUUCAGGGCACCUUUUGGCAUUAGGACACUGAACGAGGCCUACAAAUCAUUGCAGGAAAUUAUGGAUCAACCGCAGUGCAGCAAUGUGCAGUCAUCGCCUCCAUGUGAAACACAUCGUUGUCCCCUGGGCGUCUGUCUGCCGCAGUCGGCGCUCUGCGAUGGCCGCAGCGACUGUCACGAUAGCAGCGAUGAGGAGGUGUCCAAAUGCCGUGAGCUGAAACAACACUGUGCACCGGGCGAAAUGAAGUGCCGUACGAGCGCCAAGUGUGUGCCGAAGAGCAAAUUUUGUGAUCAUGUGCCGGACUGUCAGGAUAUGACGGAUGAACCCACAAUUUGCAGCUGCUUUACUUAUUUGCAGGCCACGGACCCUUCCAAGAUAUGCGAUGGCAAGCGCAAUUGCUGGGACAAGAGCGAUGAGAGUUCGGUGCUGUGCAACUGUACCGCGGAUCACUUUCAAUGCAGCUCCUCUCCUGAGGAUUGCAUACCACGUGAUUUUGUGUGCGACAAGCAUCCUGAUUGUCCCAACGGCGAGGAUGAGCGCUUCUGCUUUGGUAUUGAGCACCCGCUGCAGGAGCAGCAGCAGGAUUACUGGGCGCAUAGUGAAUAUAGUCACAAGAAAUUAGUAUCACAGUAUGGCCAAGUAAUUGAACAAACAUAUGGCAUUUGGCACACCAAAUGCUUUCCCAAGACCUCGCCACCCAGCAUAUCCGAAGUGCGUGAUAUCUGCAAGAAGCUGGGCUACAAUCCGGAUCGAUUUCCCAGCUAUCGCCUCAUAGAUGAUGCCACCAACGAGGCCAAGCACACCUUUGAGGUAGCUGACAGACGAGGUCGCGCUUUCGGCAAUGACACAUUGGUCGGCAAAUAUCGGGACUCCACAAAGGCGCUGAUCGUCAGCAAAUUUUCGCCGUUGCAGCUUAACGAACAGCUAACGCUGUUCCUCAAGCCUAGCCGGCCCAUUGCUGAGCUCGUUAGAUGGAAUACAACGGAUUCGAAUCGCUGUUUCAGGCUGGAAAUACGAUGUGCCUGAAUAUUUGUUUCCAAACCUAUCUAAAUCUCGUGAUUGUCUUUUUGUACGUUUUAGUAGCAAAUAAAAACGAGAUUCUUAACAUUCUCUACAAAAUACUAAAA